AGUUCUUUCAGAUACAAAUCAUCACUUACACCGUACAGACCCCCUUCCUACGCAACCUAUCAUUCCCAUCGGGUUACGAAAACCCCAGGUUUCUUUUGUUCUGUUUACACCAUUCUCAUCAACACAUCAACUUAUCAUCCAAUUCUUCGACAACGAUCAACAUGUUCGCCUUGCUCUCCACCCUCACGCUCGCUCUCCUUGGCUCGGCUGCCGCUCAGUUCACCAUUACUUCCCCUACCAGCGAGAUCUUCUGGAUCUCUGACAGCGACAAUGUCGUCUCCUGGACCGGCACCUCACCUGCGGCCCAGUUCACCGUCUUUAUUGCCAACCCGAACGUCAACUUGUUGACGGAUAGGACUCCCAUUGUGGCCAUCUUGGAUGCCUUCCGGGGAUCUUACUUGUUAAACCCUGGUGCUUUGCCUGCUGGAACGGGAUACACCAUCCAGCUCACUGACACCUUGAACUCUACCAACAUCUACGCCGAAUCUGAGGCUUUCGAGCUCAAACCCGCCGGUUCCGCCUACCCUACCGUGACUCCUGCCGGAACUGCCGACCCGGCUACGGCCACCCAGAGUGGCAGUAUGGGUACCGCCACCUCUACCGGAACUCAGAGUUCGGCUGCGGCCUCGAGCGCUCCGGCGAACGGAGCCGAGGCGAUGGGUAUCGCUUGGGGCAAGGUCGGAGGGGUUGUCGGGCUGGGUGUUGUCGGGGCUCUAUUGGUUUGAGGGUUUUGAGGCUACAGGGUCAUCGGGUCUACACCCAUGACGUCUACCACACAGGGUGCUUUUCCUUCACUUUCUCAGGUUUACGGGAUUCCCAGGCUGGGCUUUCGCUUCUCAUCGAUUCGGAUUGAUUACUUCGCUUCGGGCUGUCCUCUUUUACGUUCCCCCACGAUCUUUACGCCUAAUUGUACCGAUUAAUUCACUUUAUAUAAUAUGGUUCCUCCUUUC